UUUCAGAUUUUUCUUUUGUGUUUCGAACUAACGAUUUAUUUUGCUUUCUCCGCUUAUCCUUUUGAAUUUCUGCAUAUUGUUCAUUUACUAUUUUGUUUUCUGAAAACAAUUGGAUAAUGGAAGGCAGUUCUACUCCAAUACCAAGUGGUGGUGCAUCGGCAAAGACUAACAGUAUGAUCUAUAUAUGUGGAGAAUGUCAUAGCGAAAAUGAAAUUCGUCCAAAGGAUGCGAUCAGAUGUCGAGAAUGUGGCUAUAGGAUAUUGUAUAAAAAGCGUUGCCGAAAGUUGAUGGUUUAUGAUGCACGUUGAGAAUAGUCGAAGCUUCAAAAAUAUUUUCGAAGAUGUUUGCUUUUGUUCAUUUGUAUAUAUUUCAUGUUGCUUGCUAUGUUACGAGUGGAACGUAAAAGUUUUUGCCCGAUAAAUUUAUAUCAUGUGGAAAAUAUGAUGAAGAGCAUAUAUUGAAUGAGGGCAUUCAAAUACUAAUGGUAAUAAGACGACAGAUUUAAUCUGGCGUUUCAUCUCAUCAUAUUUCAAUUAGC